AUGGUCAUGGAUGCAACAGGUCCCUCAUUUGGAGCCAAUCUUCAUGAAGACGAACAAGAGGAGCAACCUAAUGCUAGUACUCAAGGAUUAUAUGAAAUGUUGGCAGCUACACAAGCACUCUUGUGGGAGGGUUGUUUGACUCAUUUAGAGUUGUACAAUGAUGAUAAGCAACAGUGCGUGCUUUGUCAUGCUUCACGAUAUGUUCACAGGGCAAGUCGCAAGGGGUAUAAGGAUGUUGCUAGAAAGCAGAUGUGGUUCUUACACACGUUGAAGAGGAAGGUCACAAAUAAGGCUCGAGUGGAAGGAUCCAUUUGUGAGGCCUACAUUGUAGAAGAAAUGUUCACAUUUUGUAGCCAUUAUUUUGGAACUGAUGUACAAUCAAGGCAGACACAAGCACCACAAAAUGAUGAUGGCGCCAAGGUACAAUCGAAUGCAGAUACAUUUUCUAUCUUCAAUCAGUCAAGACGCCCAGCUGACAAACAUCGCGAACGUAUGUUAACUGAUCAAGAACUUCAUCGUUCGACACUCUACGUUCUCUUAAAUUUUGACGAGGUCCAACCUUACUUGAAUACAUAUGUAGAAAAUAUAAGAGCGCUUGCACCACACAUGGAUGCCAAAGAAGUUGAUAAAAGGAUUGAGUCGGUAGUUAUUCGAACCAAGGUAAGGAGCACGGUUGAUGCCCCAACUUCUGAACAAACAGUGCAUGUUUAUCUAGAAGAUGAGGACGUGCUGUUACAACCUCCUGUAGUUGAAGAUGAACAACUCGAUAACCUACGAGACAAUGUUGAGACUAAAGAAGUUGAAGAGUACUCCAUUAAUGACACUUUUGUGGUUGAGGAUGGGGAGCCUGAUAAUGAAGAAGAAGAUGAGGACGCGGAUACAAUUGAAGAGGAAGAUGAGGAUGAGGAUAUAGAUGAAGAAGAUGAAGAGGAUAUAAAUGAAGAAGAUGACGAGGAGGAUAUAUAUGAAGAACAUGACGAGGAGGAUACACAUGAAUAA